GCAGAGAGAGAGACUUGCAGACGCUACAAGAGGAAGAAAUGUUAGCUAAAACGACUGAAUUAUUUUAAAUAAAACAACAGAGGAAGAUUUCACAGGCUCAGAGGGAGUGUUUGAUGGAACACCUGACUCUGGGUCGAGAUGGAUUGUACCUGAAGACGAGACAUUUGGAUUAACUGAGAGGCUACAGCUGAAUCACAGACUGUCGGCCAUCUUGGAGGGACAAGGACAGGUGUGUUGAACAAACAUGUCUGCUGCUGUUUUAUGUUGAGCUGCUGAGGGAGAAAUCAAAAAGGUUAAUUUACCCAGAGUGUUUAACUUCAGGAUUAUUUCAGGAGAACUGUGAAGGAUGAAUUGAAACCAUGAGGGUGGGCACAGCAAGAUCCUGUUGUUUGCUUUGGUUUUCGCCUUUGUCAUGACGCCACUACUCUCACAUUAUGUUAUCAACCAAGUCCAGUAACCCCAGUGUGUUUAAGAUUUAAAGUAAAGUUUAAGAGGAGCAUCCUUGCAUUUUUUAAAUCCUUUUUGUAGCUUAUUAUGAUACUGUGUCAAUAGAAAUGGUGUCUUUAGUUCUGCUGUGUACCUGAGCAGUGUAAAAGCUAUUAUUCAAAAGCCAAAGUUAACAGAAGACUUUAAAAAUAAAGGGAGAUGACACUUUUUUUGGUUAAGAAACACAACUUUCUUAUGCUGCAAAAAAAACUUUUACUGAGUUUUUUAUCAUUCGAAGUGGGAAAAUAUCUCAUAAUAUAAUAUUCAUAACAUUAGCUACACGGACCAGACCAGUCCAAGAGAGAUUUUCCUAUAGGGGACAACAAAGAGUAAGUUAUCUCUUUAUAUAAUAGCAUAGCAUAUUGUGUCAAAUUUUAGUCUAACAUAACACAUAUCAUAACAGAACAUACGUAAUAUAUUGUAUCAGUCUUAGCUUAUCAUGUUCCAUUCUGUUAUACCACAUUAUAUUGAACUGAAUUGAACUGUAAUGGAUUAUACAAUGUAUUGUAUCCUGUUAAACCCCAUCAUAUUGUAUCCUCUUAUCAUAACCUAUUGUCUUGUAUCAUAUCAUUUCACGGUGCAUCAUGCUGUCUAAUAACAUCCUGUUCUAUACUACCACAUCCUAUCAUGUCACAUUCUAUCCAAUCUAACUGAAUUGCAUCAAAUGCCAUCAUUAUUUUUUGUGUGUGUGUGUCAUACUGUAUUGCCUCUCCUUAUAUCGAGUAAUAUAGUAUCGCAUCAUAUAGACCCUUGUUAUGUUUUAUCUCAUUGUAUUUAAUCCUAUCGUCUAGAAUUCCAUCAUCACGUACCUUAGUAUGUCGUAUGAUUCUAUAUCUCAUCGUUUUGUAUUGUAACCAUAGACUGUAUCUAGAACUGACAGCGUCUGCCUCCUCGCUGGGUGAAGCCAUUCUGAGAACAGCACCCUCUGGUGACGGGCUGCAGUAUAGAUCAUAAAUCCUGCCUCCACCAGCAAAGCUUAAAGGGCUGUGGACAAACUUUAGAAAUUUAUUACACAGAAUAUAAAUUUUUCUCCCUCCUGCUUGCAAUGUUGACAUGUAGUUAUUGUAAGACUGGUUUGUGCUCAAGUCCUCUUUUUUUCUGUGAAGCUCCGUUUUUAAAAGUUAUUAGGGGGUUCAAGUAUUCUAUGAUUGACACAUGAUACAGCCUAUGGGCGUAUGAAGAUUGUGGAGCUCAUUGGGGGAUACGCGACUCUCGACGACUCUCCCGCUGAAUGCGUACAACGCUACCGCGCAAUGUUGGUUACAGGAAAUUGAGAAAAAGGCAGAAUUACUGAGAGCUUUGUGUCUUCAAAUCCAUACACUGUCACAAGGCAGAACCAAGUUGUCCAUAGUAAAUACAGUCUAUGAUUGUAACAUAUUGUAUUGUCUUCUUUCUUACCAUAUCCUGUGGUAUCCUGUUCUACUCUGUCUUGAUCUUACUUCAAGAUUUGGCAAAGCAAAGUUUUCUCGACAAGUUUCUUGAUACAAGUAUUACAUUGUUGAAUAAAUCCAACCAUUCAAUGUCUGUCAUUCUUUCCUAGCUUUGCAGAAACUUGCGGUGUAACUAAUCCCGGUCCCUCCCUGAGACCACGGAGCAGCGCCUCCUGCUGGGCAGCAUGGAGUCUGGAGUUGGCCGGCUGCCUCUUCAGGUGCUGGGAGAGAAUGAGGCACUGCAGCAGUUCUUCAAUGGUGAGGAAUGACUUACCAUUUCAUUACAUUAAAUUCAGAAUAACCUGCUUUUUGAUACUGAUAUUCCAGACCUUUGACAUCUGAGAACUUUGGUAGUGUUAGUUUUAAUGAGUAAAAUUGGCACUUUUAGAGUUUUAAUGGGGAUCCAGGUGUUCCAGGACCCGUAGGAGGUUCAACCAAUUCUUGAAGAGGAUCUUUAGACCUCUAGAGGAGAUUCAAAACUCUGGUUGUGCUGAUGGAUCUUUGUUUGGCUCCUUGAGCUUCCUUUUUGAUCCUUGAAAUGGACUGUUCAGGUACUUUUGAAGAUGUUAAACAGGUACAGAACCUAGUCUGUAAAUAGGUUUUACAGGGAAAGCUCAAGUGCCCCCCCCUACAGUCAAACAAUCUACAGCCGAGUCAGUUUAAUGGUCCUUCAUAAGCACACUCCAUGUACCAAAGAUCCACAAAAAUGCUCUCAAAGUGGUUUCACUCAUAGAACAAGAAGCUAUCACAGUUCUAGAUUUUCAAACUAACAGAUGCUGAAGAAGUUAUUAUUGUAUGUUUGCGUGCACGCAGGCCAGGAUGUUAGUGGCGUGUUGGACAGCUCUGUCGCCGUGGAUACAAGCAUCCUGGAGCAGUACCUAAGCAACGACCUGGACCCUAACAGCUUGUAAGAUCUCAACUUUCUUAUAUCAUUCUUCCCUUGGACAGAUUUGCUGCAAAUUCAACUCAAGUCCUGCCAAAAAGUACACUGGCUGUGACAUCAAAACAUCAUAGAAAAGACAUUCAACUGCUCCAUUACUGUCCUGGAAAUUGGUCCUUUUAUGACACGUAGUUUCAUCUUUUCAUGUUAACUUACUCCUGAGUGGAGCAACAAAGAGAGAGGAAGAGAAACCUACUGCGUCAUCUUCAUGCAGAAACACAUACAGUUUAGUUAUACAACAUACACAAACAGCACUGACCUAUUUGCUUAUCAGCAUAGUAAGGGUUAUAAAUACCGGAAAAAUGUGGCUCUCACAGUAGGCCUACCUGAAGUCAAAUAACAUAAAUGUGCUUUACCAAACACCACAAACUGAACACAUGUUCAAACUGCAAUCAAAAACCUGGCAACUGUGAGGACUAUUGUUGCUACAAGAAGGUUAUUAUUGUUAUGAAUUCUGUGAAGCUUGUAUUUCAUUUGUUUGGUUUUUCCCAGCAUGCUACCUGACUCACCUCCUGAUUCAAGCUCAGAGGCCUGUUCACCUGCACAGAUACCAGGUAAUGUUAAACAAGAUAGGCAAGAUAAACACGACACAUUUUACACAGAGUAACUUGACUUUGGAACCAUGGCACAACUUCUUUGAAUAUCUUUGCAUGGAUAAAUCCAACUAUUCAAUGUUUGUUCAAAAAGAUGUUCAAAAAUCUGUGAAUGUGGCCUACCUCUUUUGUUUAGCAGACUUCCAUCGGGAGGCGCCGUACUGGUUCAACCAACAGACACCCCAGGAAGUUUUUCAGCCAACACAAAGUUGUGCCCCCCCAACAUCCUGCCGUUUCAAGGAUCAAGUGUCAACCCCAGCUCAACAAGAACUGCUUACCCACAAUCAGCUCUGCAGUUUGGGCCUCACAAAAACUUAUAUCAAGUCUGGGACUUCACCUGCCCCUGUACACCAGCAUUCAAACCACUCCCCUGGACAUUACCCUGGCCCUGAAAGCUGCCCACAGGUUUACACCCCACCCACGCCUCCUUCCCCACCAGUGCCCCAUUUGAACAGCAAUGCCGCACAUUGCACUGGUUUGGGUCAAGUCCCACAUAUGGUCACGUCCCCUUCUCCUUGCCCAGCUCAGCCUGGCUCCACCUCUAUGUCUUUUAACCAGUAAGUAUCUCCUGCAUCAAGCAUGAUACUAGGAACUUGGGCUUAAGGGAACAUGUCAUGACAAGCCACCUGGAAGGUAACACAAUGUAGGUUCAAUAGAUGCAUAAACAGAUCAAGUUAGAACCAUAAGUGUUGAGGGAACAGGCUAAAGGGGGGAAUUUUCUGUGAUGGAUAUGGUGUUAAAUUCAAGGUAUGGUUCAGCAAUGAUUUGUUCCUGAAAAGCCAUACAAUGAUAUCCUGGCAUCUAACUAGGAUGCCUUUUAAGCAACACUUUGUGGAGAAACCUCUAGCAUGUCCAACAUUUUGGAAAACCAAAGUUAGAUCUGGGACAUGGUGGUGGAAUCUUAAAACUUAUUGGCCAGAGAACAGCUUUAUUCCCAAGGAAGAGCUGGAGAAAGUUAAUGCUAGUUUGGCCUGCUGCUACCACCAUUCUGCCCCAGAUUAAGAAAUGAAAAGGGAAGUUACUAUUUUUGCAAAUGAGGAUAUACAGUAGAUGACAAUGGUAGAACUAAAAGUAAGACUUGCAAAAAGGGACAAGCUUUGGAUCAGAGGAUCAGGGAUUACCAGAAGGGUUUGGUUCAGAAGUACCAUAUCUAGCCAUCCUUCCUAUUUGAUGAAACUAUGAGAUUGUCGAUAAUCUGUAGAGUAGUGGAGUGUCUUGUGAUAAAUCUCUUCUGAUCUUGCUUUAGCUCCCCAGACACUAAAAAAAGGAGGCGAUCUGAGUCUGAUGAACCAUUGGCAGGGACUAAGGCUUCCUGCAGUGAGGGUGAUGGGACUUAUGGUGGUGGUGUCGAGAAUUGCAUAGGUGGUGGCGGACUGAGUUUGGCAUCCAACCAGCUGCUGACCUGGGAUCAGUACAGGCCGGAACAAUGGAGUAUUUUAUAUAAUGGCAGCUACCAGACAGUGUGAGUACAGUACUAGUGUAUUUUGUUUUGUGUCCUUGAGAUGUGUUGGUCAACUAACCAAAUAACCAUCCAAACACCGACCCAAAGUUUAGUCUGCUUUCAUUAAAACAGGACUGUCUUGUCUUCUGUUUGCCCAGGUCUCCUCCUGCCUACCAUGUUGACACAGAUAAAGGCUUCAUCUACUCUGCAGCAGACGAGGCCUUUGUCUGCCAGAAGAAGAAUCACUUUCAGGUCACUGUUCACAUUGGCAUUGCUGCAGAACCACAGUACAUUGGAACGCCAAGCGGGCCACAGCAAGUGGACCACUUCCUGAUAAAGGUGUAUGGGGUUAAGGUAUGUUCAGGACUUUUAAGACUAAGAGACCAAAAUACUGCACAGGAGAAUUACCAAAUAAUUACAAUAAUCAUUGAGCAUCUAAAGCUGUAUUUCUCACUCCUCACAGCUGGAAUCUCCGAGCCACCAGGUGACUAUAGAGCAGUCUCAGUCUGACCGCAGCAAGAAGCCCUUCCACCCUGUCAGGUAACCAGCAAAGACAGCUUUACACACAGUAUACAAUUUAUUUUAUCAUAUUAGAUUGGUGUUGAACUGGAUUUUUACCAAUGUUGGCUUUAGAGACCCAACACAUAUUGUUCGUAAAAGAUCCAUGGGAAUAAUGAGGGUACCAAUCCAUUCCCCAUCGUUCUUAUCGAACUAAUUUGCCAAUUUCUGGCCAACAGAUAUAUGGGGUGUUUCCCAUGCAAGUCCCAACACUAGACCACACAAAAAUGAAUGCCUAUUUGAAGCACACUAUUACCAAGUCACUCCAUGUAGGCUCCUAUGAUCAGUUGCGCACUGACAUGGUUUCGUCUACACUGGUCACAGGCCCCCCUUUCAUAUAUUGUUUUCUGGCAUUUCUUGUUUUCCGUGUUCCUUAAAGCUGUAACAAUAAUUUAUCAAAAAACAUUUAUGUGUAAUCCUACAGGGUCAGUCUACCGAGUGGCAAAAUCACCAAGGUAACACUUGGCCGAUUGCACUUCAGCGAGACGACAGCCAAUAACAUGAGGAAGAAGGGCAAACCCAACCCUGACCAGAGGUAUGUGGGUGGAUGUGAUUCAGUCAUCUUUAAAUACAUGCAUUCAGUCAGAUCUACCCGCUCAGUUUUAUGCUUGCUUGUAGAUAUUUUCAGAUGGUGGUUGGUCUUUAUGCGUCGGUGGGUGGAGACGAGACGUUUCUCCUCACAGCCCUUAUGUCGGAGAGAAUCAUCGUUAGGGUAAGAAGUUGACUUUAACUCAUAAAUCAAAAAUGAAAGUAACAUCUGACCACCAACAGCUGGAACACCAGCAUCUGUCUUAAUAAGACUUUAAUCAUACAGCAAUGAUUCCUUCCUUCAGGCCUCAAACCCAGGUCAGUUUGAGAUGGAUGGGGAUUCAUUGUGGCAGCGAGGGAUGGUGCAGGAUGCUGUGGUGUGUCAAGGCAGAGUAGGCAUUAACACUGACACUCCUGACGAGGCAUUAGUUGUCUGUGGGAAUGCCAAAGUGAUGGGCUCCAUCAUGCAGCCAUCUGACUGCCGCGCAAAGCAGAACAUACAAGAGGUAAGACAAGGAGAAACCAUUUGUAGCCGAGGUGUAACAACAAUCUUCCAAAGCAAAAAAUAGUUGUGCAACAAUACCCACCAAAAAUCCUGAAGUACUGGGAAAUGAAGGUUGUGAUCCACAUCACACAUUCAAGAAUAUUGGUCACGUUGUUUAUGAUUCAGUCAUGUGGUGCUUUGAUGCCCCCUCAUGGUGGUAGCAAAAACAAAUGGCUUUCUCAAGGUUUCUAACAAACUUAUUCCAAAGGCUGUGCCAACUUAUUUGUUUUUCAGGUCAACUCUGAGCAGCAGCUGAAGAGAAUCACUCAGAUGAGAAUUGUUGAGUUUGACUACAAACCAGAGUUUGCCUCCACAAUGGGAAUAGACCACGCCCACCAGACAGGUAACUGGCCACACCCACAAGACGGAUUACCAAAUGCACCAACCAGUACUUACCACAUAAACCAGACAGGUAACUGACCACACCCUGUAGAUACUGUGGGUAUGACAGGUCAUGAGCCACAUUGAAAUGUUGCAGUUUGCAAUAAAAGUUUCUGUUGUACUCCUUUUUUGGACACCCCUCGAGAGUUUUAUAUUUUACACAGCUUGUCACAAAAAUAACCCAACGUUGCCUCAAUGGGAACAUCCAAGGUUUGCCAUUGGUGCGAACCCCAGCACCCCAUUUAAGCUCACUUUUAGACCUUAUUUCAUUUACUGCUGUUCUAAUGUUGCUUCUAGCUUGCAGUUCUGAGCUUUCAGUGAAGGUCCACAAGGAUAAACAGCUCCAGGUUUCAGUUUCAGUGGCAACUUCAAUCUAUCUCGUACUGGCCUUUGUUUGCAAAGGGGCCAUCAGUAAAGUAGUGAGCCCACAGCUACAAUAUGGCUUUUGUCCCCAAAACAUAAAAACUUCUUUCUUUCAGAGCCUUGGUCUACGGGAAGAGAAAACUGUUAAGGCUUUCGUUCACAAAUUAAUUUUUUUUUAAAAAGAACGGGGAAAUUUCAAGCCAAGUCAGGCAAGUUAUCAAAACUAGCUGUUCAGGAAAACAUGUCAGAAAAUGAUGCCAACACAUUUUAUAUUGUGUAUUGAAAUGUUGCAGAGGUUUAAUAUGCACAUCCAAGAGUUGUAACAUUAUUGAUCUAAAAAUACUGAUCAGCACAACAGGUCUCUUAAAACAUAUUUUUCUCUAUGGUUUUUCAGGUAUAAUAGCUCAGGAGGUGAGGGAGCUGCUGCCGUCGGCGGUCAAGGAGGUCGGGGACAUCAGCUGUUCUGAUGGGGAGCAAAUCCCAAACUUUCUAAUGGUGGACAAGGUAAUCAUCUCCGCUGUCUCCCUACAUAUUUAUUGGUUAUUAUCAUGCUUUUAAAGAAAGACUUAGCAUCAACCAGAAACAGGCAUGAUGUCAACAUUUCAAUGAACAAAUGUGCUUGCAAAAUUUUACUCUAAAUGGUCGUGCGACUGUCAUCUUAUCAAAAUCAGAUAUCUGAUAGACAUGCCUAUUAAUUUAAGUUUAGAAAGCAAACUUUCUGUCGUUCUCACAAACCUUUUCACUCAAUCAAACAUUGGACUUUAUUUCAUUGGCAGUUAAUAACCAAGUCCUUUAUCUUUCCCCAGGAGCAAAUCUUCAUGGAGAAUGUGGGGGCAGUUCAGCAGCUGUCAAAGCUCACAGAUAACCUGGAGACUCGUAUCAUAGAGCUGGAGGGCUGGAACCGCAGAUUGGCGAAGCUGAAAAGCCUGACUGGCAGUCUGCGCUCCAAUGGGUAAUGCUUAUUUAUACAGCUUUUCACAAUAAGCCUGGUCACUAUAUACAUGUUUAAAAUAAAAAUCUCAAGUCUGUACCACAACGAAGGGGUUGGGAAUAAGAAAAAAAGUUCUGGUUUGUGUAUGAGUCCUGUGGAAGCCAGAGUGAAGCCUCUAUGUAGCUUGCUGUUUACAGUGAAACUCAGACUCUUUAAAAAUCAUUUAUCAGCUGCAUAGCUCUACAGUUAGCUAGAAUGAGGCCUCAUCCUGACCAACAACUUACAGUAAAGCAAAGACGGUGGAAAAAAAAGGUUGUUGGGUUCAUAAUGCUAAAGCAAGAUAGAUUGAAGUCAGUGUGAAAUUUAUUGCAGUUAAACUGAGACUCACUAAAAACAGGUGAACCAGUUCGAUAAGCAGGGAUGAAGCAUAUGUGCAACUUACUACUACUUAACUUAAAACGUUGACCAUCAUUUUCUGACGUAAAUAUUGUUAUGAAAUGAUAAACACUGGGCUGUCUACUUGCUCUCCAUCCAACUCCAUUUUUUUGUGGUUCUUCAGUCUUUUUAUUCUUUUAUGAAGAUAUAAAACAGGGGUGUAUAAAUUCUUUCACAUCUGUUUUUAGUGGUUCAAUUCGAUUUUUAAUGUGUGUUUGAGUUAAAGGAAAAGUUAGCUCGAUAUUCAAAGUCCAAAUCAUGUAACAUAUUUAGAUUGGUUCUCAUGUAGCCAGAGUUCAUCUCACACCCAAGAGUAAGUUGCUGAAUGUAAGACUUUUGGACAAUGUAGAACUCCAUAAACUCAGCGAAGGCUGAUUAUUCUGUCAAGUUUAUAGUGCCUUGGAAAAAUACCCAUGAAGUGUGUGAGUAAGGGAGUGUGUGCAUGUGCAUGUAUGUGUGUGUUGCAUAAUAUCUGUAUCACUGUGUUAUCAGUGCAUCCAUGCAAAUUAAAGUUCAAGGCCGCCUGAAGGUGUGUGAGAGGCCGUUAAACGUUCACUGUAGAGUAAAAGAAAAACAUGUAUGUGAGGGUCUUAAACUGGCCCCUUUGCUCACCUCUUGUCUGAAACUUGUUGAAUUGUAUUGUGGGUAAUGGAGGCAGUUGUUGAGUGAGGUCACAGUUCCUAGAAGAAGGCUGAAGGACUUUAACAAAGCACAGCUGAACUGUGCCAAGAGUUACAGACUGUAAUCAUGCACUCCUUGAAUGAUCCCUGUUUCAUAGUCAGGAAGUUGUUCUUCCAACUGUGAUUCAUCAUUACCUAAUUUAUGAUCAAAGUUUAAUACUAAUAGAUACUAAAGGGUCAAAUACCAUACAAAUGUUAAAAGUUAACUUUAUAAUUGGUCUGGGUGACUCUAUGCAGACAAAUACUAACAAUCACACCAUAUUCAAAAUGCUAUUUGCUAUCAAAAAGUUGAUUUGCAAAUGUAAUUUGAUCAUUUGUAAUUUGAUUUUUUGCUUGCCUUAUUGAUGGCCAAUAUGGUGUCAAGUUGGGGAAUUCUUACCUGAGUUGUUUUUCCAACUUUGGCAGAUAUUGCAACUAGACAAGUCAUUUUUCAGACAUGUGUGACUUUAUAUGAAUGCAGGGUUGGAUGAUACAGUCAUUUCUUGAAACAACUCCAUAUAUUGUUUGUUAAGGCUCCCUAAACCAUUGUUUUCUGAUCAUUUUUAUGUUUAAACUACGUUUUAAUUGUAAAUAUCCCAAACAUAGACUGUGUAAAAGAUGGACAGCAUGACAGUGGCAUGUUACUUUUUCAGAUAUUAUUUUUGGUCUUGGUCAUUCAUGAACUUUCCAGGUGCAUGUCUGUGACAAAGACAGGAAACAGCUCCUAACUGAGGUGACUUCAGAUUGAUAUUUGACAAGUGACCAAAUGUGACAGAAACUUGUCCAGAGACUAAGAAUGAGUUAUUAAACUUUCUAUAACUGCAAAUGACAGCUUUAAAACCACUCAAAAAUCUACCACCCAAUCCCUACUGCUCAGACUUUGUAUCCAAAUGUAGAAUAUGUCAAUAACUUUUGGUUGAACUUUUGUACAACUGGAAGAGUCAGAGAUGUGUUGUCUGUCUUAAGAUACAGUUGGUUGGAAAAUGUUGGAGACUCUGAUUUUGUUACCAGGCAUGACAAUUAAAAAAGCUUUUGAGCUUUUAAAUGACAUAUUUCACUUCAAAAAUGUCCAGAUGGUUCAGAUGACAGAUCAAAAGCAGUGCGCACUUGGUGUCAAACAGAUCUAAAAUAUCGUUGAUGGACUUUGAGUUUGAGUGACCACCUGAAAACUAAGUAUACAGGUGCAGCUAUAAUUUCAGACUAAAAGAGGAGUUCAUGUGUUUUCACAGGAAACCCAGGAAAGUCAGCAGUGUGUCGACGACUCUGAGUCCUGAGACAUGUAAGAGCAGUAAAGGUCAAAAGGAGGACGGGAGUCAUAAAUACAGUCACUGUCUGCAGCACAAAGUCUUCCAGGCCAGUGUCUUCGGCCUGCUGGCCACCAUGGCUUUCUGGUAAGACCCGAUGUCUUUUUCUUUUAUUAUGGAUUUCUUAAAGGACAUAAAUAUUAGAAAAUCACUCUGUGUAUGUUCAUGUGCAGCAUCAUCUGUCUCACCGCUUGGUAUCUGGUGACUGUAAAAGAGGAAAGCUCUGACCUUUAUCCAGGUACAAGGUAAAAAAACAGCCAUCUCUCACAUCGUUUACAUCUACGAACAUCUCAUUUACUUUUUAACUUCAGAGCUGCUGAAAAUGUUUAUUUCCUCUGUUUUUUUUUUUUUUAGUAAUGGCAGCGUCAUCCCUCCUCAGACCACUGCCUGGAGCAGCACAGGUAACCUACCACCACAUUAAUGUAUCCUUUAAAAUAAGAGUAAGAAACAAUUUUGUAAAUAGUGGCUCCCAAUUUUUUCUGCAGUCACCCCAACAACCCCACCAGGCCCCUGGCCCCCACAUGUGGACUUCUGUGACCUGCUGUACUGUGACCAGGUUUACUGCUGCCCUUCACCAGCAGGGGGCGGCACAGACUGUAAUAUAACCUCGACUGAAUCACCUGUAGAAGACAGGUUUAAUAUUACAGGUAACGAUAGCUUGGCUUGUAUAUCUUAUAUAUUGACAGAAUUAGAUUUGCUCGCUCACUGCUUAGAUAUAAAGUUAAAAACUUUUGUUUGUGAUUCUCAUGUCUUGAAUUUUUACUCUCCACAGAAACAAGACGAAAAAAACUUAAUCAGAUGCUGAAAAGUGCCCAAGACUGUGAGUGGUUUAUGUUUUAAAUCUUAAAUAUUGGACAUCGACUUUUGUCAAAUAAAGUUUUUUUUUUUUUAAACAUCAUAUCCCGAUUGUAGACACUGGUCGCAAGAUUGGAUUUCCAAUAUUAUAGAUAAUUUAGAAACUGCAGCAGACAAACCACAGUGUAGAUUAGAUUAGAUUAGAUUUCAUUGACUUGUUCAGAUAUUCAUCUCUGUUUUUGUCUUUCUGUUCAGGGACAAACACGACCAUCCAGACGUUCAUGAUCAAAGAGAGUGAGCAGGUGAUUGACAGCAAAUACUGCCUGAGAGAUGAAUGUGGGUAAGUGAAGAGAAAAACUACAUCCUUCAAAAGUUGAAGCAGUUUCUCAGUCUCUUGUAGCACAGUAGCUCCUGGUAUGAAUACACAAACUAUUAAAAAUCUAAAUUUUUUAGAUUUGACUCUUAAGCACCUAAAAAUAGGAGUUAGGAUUGAAAGUUAGUAUUAAAAAGGGCUUCAACCGACCUGACUGAUCUUACUCUUUCUUUUUUAAGGCCGGGAAGAUACAUCUACAGAGUUCCAGUCAGCCAGUUUGUUCCUGUCAACAUGAGAAUCACUCUGCUGAUGAAGUGAGUGAUGAAGUCAUCAUGGAUUACUGAUCUAUCUGAUCAUAUCAUAUCACUGUAUAUUAAUGAUGUCUUACGUGUUAAAUUUUUUUAGUUCUACAGAGCUGCUGGUGGUUCAUUUGUGCAGUUUUGAUGAGUCGGAGGUCUGCUCUGCUUUAAUGGAUAUAAACAUGGUCCCUGGGAGCAGGUACCCAUCAAACACACAGGUAAGAAUUGCAUACUUAUUUUAUUUCAUUCAUAAACUGUGUCUUUUAAAGUUCUAGUUGUUUGAUUGAGAACUCGGCCAUCUAGCAUCGGUUUUAGUCCAGUCCUUGUCGUGAUGCUCCAAAAUGUUUUCAUUGGGUUACAUGUCAACACGGCCAGUUUAGCAGCAGGACUCUUCUACUACAGAGCCAUGCUGUUGUAAUUCAUGCAGAAUGUGGUUUGUCAUUGUCUCGCUGAAAUGUGAAGGUCUUCCCUCCCUUUACAUGAAAGUUUAAUCCAAAGAAGACUCAGUGACGUCUGCUCUCUUACACACUGAGCCUUUGUCAAGCUGAUUUUGGUGUUUUUACGCCUCUUUCUCUGCAGGGAGAACAUGAAUGGCCUCUUCAUGUGGCUCGACUUCAUCGCAGCUCGUAUCACUUUCGCUCCGCAGUGGCUGUAAGAAACUGGAUUUGAUCUUUUUUUAGUUCCUUAGAUGUUUUCUCAAACAUUUUUUUCCCAAAAUUAUUUACUCUUAUGCAUUAUUUAGUUUUAUAUUGUGAGUUUUUGUGCAUAAUUUUCUUUCAGGGUCAAGCAGACUGCAGUACCGACCAUCACUACGCGGGAGCGCUCUUCACUGAUUAUAUUUUCCACUUCUACAGAUACUGCACAGACUCGUAGAGACACUCAACAGGUUUAAAUUAUUAUUUUUCCACUAUCAAAUCUCUUUUGUGUUUCAUGCUUCUGUCAAGUCAAAUGUGUUUUUAUAGUGGUGUUUAACGGACGAUCUGCAGUGGAAGAGAAAGACGGUCAUAUCGUGAUAUUCCUAUUUUUAAACGCUUUUAGUCUCAAGUUUUGAAUAAUCAAUAAGAUAUCACAGAGACAAACUAGAGAGACCUGAUGAAACAGGACUGCUGUCCAGCUCAGAACAUUUAUGUCUUCAGGUUAAUGAUUCAUAACUUACAAUCACACUCUAGAUUUUUUAAAUGAUAAUAAUGUUCAAAAUCCAGUUUAUGUGUUUCAGAUAGUUUGAGCUACUCUGAACUUAAAUGGUUUUAUAAGAUAAGAGAGCAAAGACAAAAAAAAAUCUUCAUUUUUAAUAUUUGUAUUUCCUUUGGAAUAUUUUGGGCCACACACAAUAUUUUUUUUACUAUAUUUGUGAAAGAAAUUGUAAAUUUGCAGGAAAAACUUCACAAAUUUUGCAGACAGCUUGCUGCCAUAAACCCUAAUCCCUUUCCGUAGUUAUUACCCUAAUAUGAUGCAACGAUUUCUUUCUCACAAAAACACAUCUUUAUUCUCAUGUGAGGAAAACUUUAUGUUCAUAGAUUUGCAACUCUAAUGUAGUUGAUUUACAAGUUUU